GAUCCGUCCAUUCCUCUAAACUGAAAGUGAAAGUAUAGUUUUUCAAGCGCAACAGCGGUCAUUUUCACAGAUUGCUGCUAUUCCGUCGUCGAGUUCAAUGCUGGAAACUCAUCGUGUUUUCUGAUCUAAAAAAAGCAGCUGUAGAUCUUGUUCCCAUCUUAAUGUUGUACCACAGUCCGAGCCGGGAAUUACAAGACCGAGCGAUGAUUAAUUUGUGGAUCUUGGUGCUGUUUGCGUCCACGUGUUCGGCGGCUCCUGUUUCAGAGAUCAUCACAGUUUCUGCUAGGUCUCAAAACUCAGUGGAACAAGGCCAAACAGCGACAUUACCCUGCUGGGUCAAUCCAUCCCAAAGUGCUGAGGAUCUGGAGGUUCGAUGGUAUCGUGGCGAUCGCUUUGACACCCCUGUCAUGCUUCGCAAGGCAAGAAAAUUUGUCCAUGAAAACCAGGAAUCCUCAUAUAAUGGCAGAGUCUCAUUUGGCGUAAAGGACGCAGCGUCCGGAGGGCUGAAGACGGGGGAUGUCAGCCUGAAGCUGGUAAACGUUACUGUUGGAGAUGAAGGAGUUUACACGUGUUACAUCAGCAGCGAGGUCUCGCAUGAUAGCACAACUGCAAGUCUGAGUGUCACAGUCACGGGAAACCCCCCGCUUCUGUCUGCAGUGUGGAAAAAAAUUAAUGUGGUGAAUGUGAGCUGUGAAUCUGAGGGCUGGUAUCCACAGCCAGUGCUAAGCUGGUCGGACGGAACAAAGGAUCUUAACCGUGAAAAUCCGAUGUACAGCCGGCUCUCCUCGGGUCUGUACUCAGCCCGGAGCUGGAUUACUGUCCCCUCGUCGUCUGAGGUGUCCUGCUCCAUCGGCCUCCACGAUGAGCACAUGCAGAGGGCCAGGAUGCGUCUAGAACAUCAUCAAAGCGGGUUUAAAAUCACUAACUCCAAUGAAGAUUUUCAAUCUUCAACAGUAAAUGUUAAACUUGAGGACGCAAAAAGUGAAUUCAUCACAAUCAGAGGUAAUAAAGUGAGGGACGCCGAUCGUGAAGAUUUUCCAGAUGGAGAUGAAGUCACCUGUCUCACAGCUAUCAAAGGAACGCCUGGCUUCUCCUCCGGACAGCACUACUGGGAAGUUUCUUUGGGAAAUGCAAACAUAGAACCCAAGAUGUCCUGGUGGAUAGGAGUUACGAGUGCAGCUGAAAUCCCUCGGAGAUCAGAUAUUUCUCGAAACACAUCCAACGGGUUCUGGUUUCUGUAUUCUUCUCCUGACAUAGAAAACACUUUACAGUUUAACAUAGAGCCAAGGAUAUGUCUCCCCAUUAAGUCGAGACCAAAAAAAGUUGGGGUGUAUUUGGAUUAUGACAAGGGAGUGCUUUCUUUUUAUGAUGUGGAAGAUGCAAGUUUAAUUGGCUCUUUGGCCACUAAGUUUACUAAGGAAGUGUUUCCGUUUUUCAACCCGGGGAGAAAUGACAAAGCAGUUAUGGAGAUAAUACAAAGAACAGAGCAGAUAAAUAACGUAGGUACAGAAACGCCAUCAGAAACACGUGGCGAGGGAAAGUAAAAUUCGGUAGUUUCUGCAUCUUGGCUAAAGCCGGUGUAGGUACUUUACCGAGUUGAAACACCAAUUUCAUUUUUAUUCAACACAGUUAAACUGUACCGUAAUAGUCAUAGUAGCACAUGUUUAAGUACCUAUAUAUCAAAUGCAUUUUUAAAAAUAAUUGUGUAUGAUCUGUCCUGCACUACAACAAACAAAUGGUUAGAAAAUAUGCAACAACCUACAAAAUACCUCCAAGUAGAAACUCAGAUGAAUAACCCAAUUAUCCUGCAUGUUGUGGACCAUUAUAUCUGUUUAACACACAUAGAAAUAACCACAAAUCUGUUACCUAAAUUUUAAUUCCUCACAGCAGAAACCCUAUUUGAUGAAGCUCAUUUGAACAUUUUAUUUUGGAGCUUUACAUGCUUAGACUGAGAUUCAGAGAAUCAUUUAUCUACUGGGAAGCUUAAGCCCUAACAGUAGUCAGUCAUCUCUAAAAGUGU